AACAAUGGCGCCGAUCGGGAAGAGCAGUAAGGGCCACAGUCACUGCAGUGUUCCGUAUUGCUCAAAUUCUAAAAGAAAACGUCCUGAUUUGUCUUUCCAUGAAUUUCCGAAAGACGCUAUACUUUGUAGGAGGUGGGUUCAGGCAAUUAAACGUGAAGAAGGAAUUAACUUCGUUAUUAAACGAGGAAGCACUUUCGUCUGUGGACAGCAUUUUCAAAAGGAGGACUUUCAGCAGUCGCUCACAGGUGGAAUUGUGAAACGUCUUGAAUUUGGAGCCAUACCGUCACGGUUUCAUUGGAAUGACUUCAAAUCAAAACCGACACGAGAGUGUGUGUUUGACAGAGUUAAAAUGGAGCGGGACAUGUGUCUAUCCACUCCUUCACAUUCUGCGAUGUCGACAUCGGCUGGUGACCACGACUACGCGCGUCGCCCCCCAGCAGCAGUUCCAUUGACUUCCACUGCAACCUCCUGCUCUGCUCAUGAUGAAAAGGACAUUCCACUUCUCACAUCCAGCAGUGCCAUCAGCAGUACCACAACAGCAGGUGCACUUGAUGAAGCGUAUGCAAGAAUCGAAGAGCUAAAGACAGAGAUUUUGCAGAUAAGGAUAUCAUCUGAGAACAGGAUUUGUGAGCUUGAAGAACAAGUACAGCACCUCUCCCAAUCUCCUCUCACCAUCAAUCGCUUUUGCGUCACAGAUGAAGACUUCCGGUUUUACACUCAGUUUCCAUCUGAGAAAACAUUCACAGUUUUCUGGGAUUAUAUUGCACCAUCUGCAAAAAAUCUGGUGUACUGGACACAAGUUCAAAGAGUUUGUGAGGCUGACAAAACUCCAAGUCCUCACAGAUCAUUGGCACUCAUUGAUGAGUUUUUAAUGUACUGUAUGAGAGUGGCCGCCGGCCUGAAAGAGAAGGUACUUGCUGAUCUUUUCAGUGUCAAUUUAUCAACUGUGAGCAGGAUAAUAAUUACGUGGGCCAAUUAUUUAUAUCUCUUUCUAGGCUCCAUCCCCAUAUGGGCCACUAGAGAGCAUGUAAAUUCAUCUAUGCCUAAGAAGUACAAAGAGUGCUGUCCAAAUCUGCGAGUUAUUCUUGACUCCACUGAGAUAAAAUGUGUGAACCCAUCAUCACUCACUCUUCAGUCUGAAACUUUCUCGCAGGACAAGAACACCAUCACUCUGAAAUCUUUGAUAGGAAUUGCUCCUAAUGGAACAAUUACUUUUGUCUCAAGGCUGUACACUAGCUGUCUUUCUGACAAAGAACUGACCAUGUUAUCUGGCAUCCUAGACCUCCUUGAACCAGGUGAUAGUGUCAUGGCAGAUAAGAGCUUCACCAUUGAGAAGAUGUUGAAGGAAGUUGGAGCAAGUCUGAUAGUCCCACCUUUCAAACGGAGAUCCCAGUUUAACAAGGAAGACACACUGCACACCCAUGUAAAGAAGGUGAUUUGCAGGGUGAAACAGUACCACAUCUGGGAUACCACUGUACCCCUUAGUCUGAUGGGAACCAUCCACCAGAUUUGGGCUAAUUGUUGUUUUAUGGCUAAUUAUCAAGGACCCAUGUCAGUGGAUGAGUGAAUGAGUCAAGCAGAAAGUGCUUCAAAAUGUAUUGUGUUUGUUCUUUUAUAUCUCCACAUUUGCUUUAUUAGAUAUAUGCAUUUACAUGUACAUAUGUGUAUAUAAUUUAGAACAUUUAAAAGUAAAGUUCACCCAAAAUAAAAAUUCUGUCAUCGUACAUGUUUUUCCAAACCCAUAUGACUUUCUUCCAUGGAACACAAAAGGUGAUGUUUGGCAGAAUGUUAGGGACUGACAGCCUUCGUAAACAUUCAAUUCCAUUUUGUGGAAAAAGAUGUAGUGAUAAGUCCCUAACAUUCUGCCAAGCAUCUUCUUUUUGUGUUUCAUGGAAGAAAGUAAUGUGGGUUUGGAACAACAUGAGUAAAUGAUGGCAGCAUUUUUAUUUUUGGGUGAACUAUCCCUUUAAAUCUAAUACCUCUCACUUAAUCCAUGUUUAUGUUAUUGAUGUGAUUAGUGAUUGUACAUGCUUUUAAUUUGACUGAUAACAGUAUAUAAAUGUACUUAAUACGUUCAAGUUAAAAGUUAAAGUCACAAAAGUUUGUGUUAAAAAUGCCAUUGUGUUACAUUUAUUUGUGCAUAACACACUUGUGAAAUAGUACAUGAAUAAACAUGAAAAAUGGUGAACUACAAA